AUGUCGUCGCGGCCGUCCUCGUCGUCCUCGUCGAGGCGGAGCAGCUCGCCCUUCUCCGCGGGGAGCCGCCGCCCGCCGACCUCCUCCUCCUCCUCCAGCUCCUACAUGGCCGGGCGGCUCAUCCCCCGCUCCUCCUCCUCCGUCUCCUCGUACGGCGGCGGCGGGGGCUCCAGGUCCACCACCCCCGGGCGCCGGUCCGCCCCCGCCCCGCCGCCGCCUCCUGCUCCGGUGCCGUUCCCUAGCGCGGACGAGCUCGUCAUUGAGGACACCUCCCGAUCAGGCGACAGCAUCUCCGUCACCAUCCGCUUCCGGCCACUCAGCGAACGGGAGAUCCAGCGCGGCGACGAGAUCACGUGGUAUCCCGACGGGGAUCGGCUUGUGCGGUGUGACUACGUCCAGCCAUCGGCUUAUGGUUAUGAUAGAGUUUUUGGGCCUUCAACAGCUACAGAGGCUGUCUAUGAUGUUGCUGCUCGGCCUGUUGUGAAAGGUGCUAUGGAGGGCAUAAAUGGGACAGUUUUUGCCUAUGGUGUCACAAGCAGUGGGAAAACCCACACAAUGCAUGGUGACCAGAAUUGUCCUGGAAUAAUCCCAUUAGCCAUCAAGGAUGUCUUCAGCUUAAUACAAGAGACUCCUGGAAGGGAAUUUUUGCUACGUGUAUCAUACCUGGAAAUCUAUAAUGAGGUGAUAAAUGAUCUGCUUGAUCCUACUGGACAAAAUCUGCGUGUGAGGGAGGAUGCACAGGGAACAUAUGUAGAAGGAAUAAAAGAAGAAGUUGUACUUUCUCCAGGACAUGCUCUCUCUUUCAUAGCUGCUGGCGAAGAGCAUCGGCAUGUUGGUUCAAACAACUUCAACUUAUUUAGCAGCCGAAGUCAUACUAUUUUCACUAUGAUGAUUGAAAGCAGUGAUCGUGGUGACGAGUACGAUGGAGCCAUGUACUCACAGCUUAAUUUGAUUGAUCUAGCUGGCUCAGAGAGUUCUAAGACAGAGACUACGGGGUUAAGAAGAAGGGAAGGAUCUUAUAUUAACAAGAGUCUUUUAACUCUCGGAACAGUUAUCGGGAAGCUCAGUGAAGGGAGAGCAACACAUAUACCCUAUCGAGAUUCUAAGUUGACUCGUCUGCUGCAGUCAUCACUGAGUGGCCAUGGUCACGUCUCACUAAUUUGCACAAUUACCCCAGCAUCGAGUAACAUGGAGGAAACCCAUAAUACAUUGAAAUUUGCAAGCAGAGCAAAGCGUGUUGAAAUUUAUGCCUCUCGUAACCGGUUAGUUGAUGAGAAGUCUUUGAUCAAGAAGUAUCAGAGAGAAAUAUCGUCUCUAAAGCAAGAGCUUGAUGAGUUUAGGAGAGGAAUGCUUGGGGGUGCUAGUCAGGAAGAAAUAAUGAUUUUACGGCAACAGUUGGAAGAGGGCCAGGUAAAAAUGCAAUCUCGCCUUGAGGAGGAAGAGGAUGCCAAAGCUGCUCUGAUGAGCAGAAUACAGCGGUUGACCAAGUUAAUACUUGUUUCCACGAAGACCAAUAUUCCUGCUUUGACAGAUUCGUCUCGUCUUCAGCGCCAAAAUUCUGUUAGUGAGGAAGAUAAGUUAAGCUCUUCCCAAGAUAGUACUACGGUAGUCCAAAAUGACAGUACAUCAAAGGACACCUUAUCAUCUGCUUUUCCUGACCCGUUGGAUGAGAUCAAUGGACUAAGGUCUGCUAACGGAGAUCCUUCUUCAGUAACUGGUUCAGGACAAGAUUCAAUGCAGGUGGGAAUCACGGAAUCGGAUCAUUUGGAUCUAUUGAUUGAGCAAGUUAAGAUGCUUGCUGGGGAGAUUGCUUUUGGUACCAGUUCGCUGAAAAGAUUAAUUGAACAAUCCAUAGAAGACCCUGAAGGGACAAAGAAUCAAAUAGAGAAUUUAGAGCAUGAAAUCCAGCAAAAGAGGAGGCAUCUGCGAGCCCUGGAACAAAAAAUCAUGGAAAGCGGUGAGGCAUCAGUUGCUAAUGCUUCUAUGGUGGAUAUGCAGCAGACUAUUACGAAGUUGACAGCUCAAUGCAAUGAGAAGGCUUUUGACUUAGAGUUAAAAUCGGCCGAUAAUCGUGUCCUUCAGGAGCAGCUACAACAGAAGAGUAUGGAAAUCAAUGAUUUACAAGAAAAAGUUCUACGCCUCGAGGCACAGCUCAUACCGAAAACCAACAUAUCCCCUGAACAAUGCACACACCAGGAGAUUCUUGAUUUGAAAUCUAAACUUCAGUCCAAGGAAGUUGAAACUGAGAAGCUUAAAUACCAGCAUCUGGAAGUGAUUGAAGAAAAUCGAGACCUAAUCAAUCAGAACCACAAAUUAAGUGAGGAAGCUGCUUAUGCAAAAGAAUUGGCAUCUUCUGCAGCUGUUGAGCUUAAGAAUUUGGCUGAAGAAGUUACAAAGCUAUCGAUACAAAAUGCAAGGCAGGCAAAGGAGUUAUUAAUUGCCCAGGAGAUGGCACAUUCUAGGGUUCCUGUUAGAAAGGGGCGCCCAGCAGGUAGGGGCAGGGAUGAAGUUGGUACCUGGAGUCUUGAUUUAGAGGAUAUGAAGAUGGAGCUACUGGCGCGAAAAAAGAGGGAAGCUGCUCUAGAAGCAGCUUUGGCAGAGAAGGAGCUUCUUGAAGAGGAGUACAAGAAGAAGUUUGAUGAAGCAAAGAAGAAAGAGCUUUCUCUAGAAAAUGAUCUAGCAGGCAUGUGGGUUCUUGUUGCUAAGUUGAAGAGAGGGGCUUUCAGCAUAUCUGAUUUAAACGUUGAUGACCGGUCUAUCAAUCUAGCUGACAUAACUAAUGAUGCAAAGGAAAACAAAGGUGACACAAAUGUAGCUUUAGUUGAGAAACAAGUGUCAGAUGAUACUGUGAAGUCAUUGACUGCAGAAGAAUAUAGAAGUCCAGAAUUUGAACCUCUUCUUGUUCGUCUCAAGGCUAAAAUUCAAGAGAUGAAGGAGAAGGAAACUGACCCCCUGAGUGAUAAAGAUGGCAAUUCCCAUGUCUGCAAAGUAUGUUUUGAAUCCGCAACUGCUGCAGUUUUGCUUCCUUGUCGGCAUUUUUGCUUGUGCAAGCCUUGCGCACUUGCCUGUUCGGAAUGCCCUCUGUGCCGCACACGAAUCUUAGACAGGAUAAUUACCUUCACAUAG